UGCACAAAGAGGAGGAGGAGACAAGGACUGAGAGGCAGCUGCACUGUGGUGGGAAGCUGUUGCAGCUUCAGAGAGGAAAGGCUGCAGGGGAAGAUGGAGUGUCUGAAAUGUGAGACGUCAUCGGCAAAGACAAGAAGCUGAGCUGAGGCUUCCAGUGACAAGACGCAGAGAUGUACGCGUUCUACUCCCUGUUAGUUUACAUAUUCUACACUGUCUUUAAGAAGGAGGAGGAGGAGGCUUCAGCAUGUGGAGCUUCCACGGAGGAGGAGCUGGUACCCGUUUCCAUGGAAACAGGGAGCAAGAUGCAAACUGGCCACACCCCUAAGAUGGGAAGAAAAGCUGGCACUCGGUUUAGUGAAUCAAGCAGCAGUAGCAGCGAUAGCGAUGUCGUUUCUCUGAGUGAUGACGAUGAAGAAGAAGAUGGACCCGACAUCCCAGCAUGCACUCCUCUGGCUGCCUUUCUGUCUUUCAAGCAGGAGGCUGAGAAGAAAAGAGCCUCACAAGUUCAAGUGGAAACACCAGGAAAGGUGACAGAGUCUCCUUUGGUGGCUGUGAUGUCCCACUUGCUGAGUUUUCUGGAGCAGUACUCCCACCUCCAGCAGCUGCAGCAGCAGGCAGACCAGUACCGGGUCCAGCUCAAGAGACACCGCAUCCAGCACCGCCACCAGCUGAAGGCCCUCCGGGCGUCUUACCGCCAGCGCCUUAGAGACAAGAACAGCCUCAUCAGCAGCCUGGAGGAGGCCAUCAGUCAGCAACAGACCUCCAGCCCAUUGAGCGAGGGUGCGUCCUGUAGAGAUGCCGGGGUUCACAGGCUAGUGGAGUCACUGUCCAGCCUGCAGGGCGAGAGGAGUAAACUGAGAGGAGAACUCCGUCUGCUGCACUCCCAGCUGGAGCAGAAAGAAAGAGACCGACACUCCCACGUGCAGGCUUUUCAACAGCAGAUUGAUGAUCUUAAGAGCUGUGUGGAGGAGCUGUUGAAACUGAGAACUGCCACUGGUGCCACAGACUCAGAGAAACGGGUGCUGUGUCUGACGACGGAGAACAAGAGCCUGAAGCAGAGUUUGAGCAUUACACAAAACCUCCUGCAGCAGCUCUCAACCAUCCCAUCCCAGUCGAGCACAAUGCUGAUGAAGGAGAAUGAGAACCUCCAGAGCAGAGUGCAGCAGUUGGAGUUCUCCCUGCAGCAGCGAGCUGAGCAGCUGUCACAGCUGGAGAGACAGAGUGAACAAAGUGAGUGGAGGACAGGAGAGGAGCUGAGGAAACGAGAGGACAGACUGAGAGAUCUGCAGCUGGAGCUGGACACGGAGAGAAGCAGAGAACCUGUGGUGAAGACCGUGGAGGUGGAAUCACCUGCUGUGAUGAAGCAGCUGACUAAAGCCAGACAGAGGAAUGAAGUGCUGUCUAACAAGCUGUCUGCUCAGAACCAACGCUACAGAAAGCUGGAGGAACAAAUCAGGAAGUCUGAUGAAUACAGCUGCAGUCUGCAGCACAAGAUUGCAGCGUAUGAGUGUGAGAUCAGUGAACUAAAAGAGGAGCUUUUGAAAGAGAUUGGUCACUUGGAGGCGAGGAAGGAGGAGGCUGUGAAGGCCGCUGCUACCUGCUCAGCAGAACACUUUCAGAACCUGCAGGACCAGUUCUUAAGCUUACAGACGCGCUUGACCAUGCUCCCCACGACUCUGCGAUCUGUCAAGACAGACUACGCAAGCCUGAGGAGUCAGGUUCGAAACUUCUCAGACUUUUAUGGAGCAGCGAUCGCUGAGGCAAAGAAACAGAUUUCAGCAGCAAUCAAUGAGAUGUCCGAAGUCAACAAAGAUCUUCUGGAGAAAUACAGGAAGGAAGUUGCACUGCGCAGGAAGUACCACGAACAGCUGGUGGAGCUUAAAGGAAACAUUCGCGUGUUGUGUCGCGUGAAGCCCGUGUUGAAGGAAGACCAACACGAGGAUGGUCACACUGUGGUGGUGACCUCUGACCUCAACGACGAAUCCUCCCUCACUGUGCUGAACAAAGGAAAAGGUCGCAUCUUUGAACUGGACAAAGUCUUCCACCCUCAAGCUACACAGGAAGAGGUUUUUCACGAGAUUGAGCCUCUUGUGACAUCGUGCAUCGAUGGGUACCAUGUCUGCAUAUUUGCUUAUGGACAGACAGGCUCAGGAAAGACUUAUACUAUGGAGGGCACUGUGGAAAACCCAGGAAUCAACCAACGAGCCCUCAAUCAGCUCUUCAGUGAGAUAGAGGACCGGAAGGAUGUGUGGUCUUAUACCGUCACAGUCAGCUCCGUAGAGAUCUACAAUGAGGUGUUAAGAGAUUUGUUGAGUAAAGAUGGAGAGAAACUGGACAUAAAGCUCAACCCGGAUGGAACCGGACAACUGCACGUCCCAGGCCUCAGAGUCCUUGAAGUGAAGAGUUUUCAUCACAUGAAGAAGAUUUUAGCUACAGCUCGCCGAAACAGGAUUACCUUUGGUACUCAAAUGAACCAACACAGUUCGCGUUCCCACGCUUUGCUCUGCGUCACCGUUGAAGGCACUGAUCUGGCCACCGGCUCCAGAACCACAGGUAAGUUAAACCUGGUGGAUCUGGCCGGCUCCGAGAGGGUCUGGAAGUCUGGUGCAGAGGGAGAGAGGCUGAAGGAGGCCCAGAACAUUAACCGGUCCCUGCUGGCUCUGGGAGACGUCAUUCAGGCGCUGAGGGCCCGACAGACUCACAUCCCAUUCAGGAACUCCCGCCUUACAUACUUACUACAGGACUCCCUGGGCAAAGGCAGCAAGACAGUCAUGGUGGUGCAGGUUUCCGCUUUGGAGAGGAAUGUGGGAGAAACGCUGUGCUCACUAAAAUUUGCCCAGAGGGUGUGCAAGGUGGAACUGGGCCCUGCAGCCAGGAAGAUCGAAUCCGGUGGAGGACAAUGCGAGUGAGAGACUUCGAUCCACUGCUCCUGGGUUUCAGUGUCGGGACAGGACACGACAGACGCACACAAACCAGCCAUAACGCUACAGCAUAUCCAACAAGACCCACAGCAAUCCUGCUCAAGGGCUACAUUUGUGCAUCAUUUUCUUCUCCUGCCGUGUUAAUCCUUCAUGCUAAUCUGCAGACGGGCGUUUUUAAUCUUCCACACCCACAGUCCAAACGACAGCUGCUUCCCCAAGAUUUGAUGCUUCCGCAGCGUCACAUUUCCUUUAUGAUGGCUGUGGCGUUUGUCACUGAUCUGCACAUUACGUAGCAGCACCAUCUUCACAUACAGUCAACACUUAAGGUAGCAGUUUGAGUAUUAAUCAUUGUGUUAUAAGUGUAGUUUGUGAACUUCAAUUGCAGUGUUUUUGAAGACUGUUGUAGUUAGAGAAACUGCAGCAAAUUUAUGGCCCUUUAACUAGUUCAAGUCACCUAUUUGGGCAGCUUUAGUCAAACAUUUACGAAACAACGAAGAAAUGCAUAUUCGCUUUCGAGCUCUGGUCAUUUUACUUGCGAAGUGACGGAGGCUUGAAGUAUCUGGCAGUCGGCGGUUUAAGCCUUUAUACGAUAUUAUCCCUUCAGGAAAAGAGGACAGCUGGUGAAUGGAAGCAGGUGGCGUCGUGCAGCUGUACCGAGCAGACAGUUUGGGCCGACGUUGGACAGAUGACGCACUUUACUGUCAGUCAUGAGAAUUUUGAAGGAGACUCUGUAGUGUUUGCAAUACAUGUGUAUUACAUGUACAUGUCAAACCAAAGCAUUUUAUCUGUUCAUGUUUGUUCCUCUACUGAUCAUUGAUUGGGUCAAAACUAACUUUUGAUUCAAGAGUAGCAACAUAUAAAUGGUGCAGUAACUAUUUAAUGAUAACUGGACUGAUUUUACAGCUGUUUCUGAAUAAACAUGUAUUUAAAGUG